CGUUGUGUGUACACUUGUCCACGAUGCAGUCUAGGAUAUUGUAGCACUGAUUGCUAUAAAUCAGAAGCUCAUUCCGAAUGCUCCGAGAGUUUUUAUAAGCAGUGUGUAAUAGAUGAAUUAAGAUCUCAGGAAAGAGACGCAGAGGGUAGAAACGAAAUGAUUGAAAUUCUUAAAAGGGUCCAAGAACAGGAUUCAAAGAAUUUGGAAGCAUUGGAGAGUGAUGAGGAUGACGAGGAAGAAGUGUUUGAUGAAUUAGAAGAACAAUUAGACUCAGAUGAUGAAGGAAAUGUGCCAGAUUUAGAGAAUAGACUACAUAAUGUAAAUUUGGAUAACGCAGACGAGGUAUGGUCUGCAUUAACUGAUGCAGAAAGACAAGAAUUCGAGGCUCUUAUUAAAAACGGUGAAAUUGAGAAAAUUCUACCACAAUGGGUUCCAUGGUGGACCUACCAUACUAAAAAGAAGUUGGUACAGGAUUUGGAUGAAGAGAAUAAUGAGGAAGCAGUGAAAUUACCUCCUAUAAUAGACGUCCCAAUAUUUAACGAAUUACAGAAAGCAUCUCCGAAUGUUCAAUUCAAUGUGAAAAAUGUUAUCUAUGCAUAUGCAUAUAUAGCAAAUUAUUAUAAUGGUGAUUAUUUAAACUGCUCAGUAGAAGCAACAGUUGUUUUUCUAGAUCUUUGUGAUAAUAUGAAAUUGAAUAAGGUUUACGAAAAUUCUGAAUCAGCAAUAGCUUCUGUUGUUCACAAAGUCACCAAUUGCAAUUGGUUGCCACAAGAUGAACAAAUUUUAUCAGCUUUCAAGGAAGCUGGGAAUACAAUAAUGCAGGGACCAGAUGAGAAAAAUAAAUAUCUUUAUGCAUCUGUUGCCUUUUCUCAGUUACACAGGCUGUUCUCAGCAGCAAAGGAGGAAGUAUCAAAAAACAAGAAUAAAAUCGGUAAUAAAGAAUUCUCGGCAAAGUUCGCCCAGAGAUACAAUGCUGACAAUAUAAAUUUGUCAAAGAAGAUUCUUCUUCUACAUUGUAAAAAGUUAGAGUAUUACAUAUCGUGGGUUAAAAGUUGUAACAUAAAUAUGUGUACAUAGAAGUGGUUGAUCUUAAGUUUGUACUAUUUAGCCUUUUGUUCACACCGUUGCCGUAAUUUCGCGUUAUUUCAACAAUAUGGAAAUGAAAUGUAAGAGACAAACAUACUCGAAGAGAUUGUUUCUCCGAUUUUAUGCUUCUAACCAUAUUGAAUUUUGUUUGGACAAUUUUUAAAUAAAAGCGAAUGUUUAAUAUAUACACUUACCAAACAC